UCUCUCUCAAAAGAAAAUGGGAAAAGUAAAACUAACUUACCGGCCAUAUUUGAAUUGAGAUUUUCUAUUUUCAAGAAAAAUCUUACAGCCAAAAUAGUCUAGAAAAAUUAAAUUAAUUAAUUGGUGAUGAUGCUCUCAAUACUGCGAAGCAACUUUUGCGGAUUUGCGGCCAUUUUGGUACAUGUCCUACUCCUCCACAGCAGCACUUGCGUGGGUGGAGAUCAUGUCAACAAUAGCUCCUGUGCUUCUUCUUCUUGUGGAAACGUCCGCGAUAUAAGGAGCCCAUUUCGCCUCAUAGGUGAUCCUGUAAACUGCGGCGACCACAUGUAUGAGUUAUACUGUGAGAACAACCUCACUGUACUCCAUUUAUCUUCAGGAAGAUACUACGUGCAGGAAAUCAAUUACACUCGCUGUACAAUUCGUCUUGUUGAUGCCGGCAUUCAGAAAGAUAAUUGCUCUUCUAUCCCUCGCUAUACUUUAGCAGUGUAUGAUGAUUUUAAUCCAUAUGAUACGACAUAUGAUAGAAUUGAAGGCUCAGACCCAGACAACUGGACGACAGUCCAACUAACAAAGCCUAUUAGAUUUUUAAAAUGUGAAAAUCCAGUGAGUUCUCCCCUAUAUGUGAGCGCUGCUCCUUGCAUUAAUAAUGUUACUAAUACAUCAAGCUCCACUUUAGCGCAAUAUUCUUAUGUUAAUAUUGGUGGUUUAAGUGUCUCCGAAUUGAGGGCUGCCUGUCGGAUCGAGCAAAUGUCUUUAAUAGCAUCCAAUGGAUUAAUCCAUGAGGAGGAUAAAAACAACUUGUUCUAUGAAGACGUCCACAAUCAGCUGGUAUAUGGGUUCGAGAUCUCUUGGUUGCGAGCACGACAAACUCUAGAUCUGCCCAGAUGCUACCUCAACCGCUCAAACCAAGUUCAGUGUUUUUCUGACUGCCGUACCUAUAUUUAUAUAAGGGAUUACCAUUUUGAUCCAGGUUUUCACUUCGAAGUAUGUGCUGAUCAUCUGAACUUCAUACAAAGAACAUUUUAUACGGUUAUUGCCUACUUUCUGUAUUAUUAUUGGCCUGUACUCAAAAUUGUUGGACCAUAUAUCAUAAUAAGAACUUUACUGGGGACUUUAUUUCCAAUGGUGGUUUUGAUCUAUAGAUGGAGAAGAAGGCAUUUAUCAAUGUACGACACCAUAGAAGAUUUUCUGCAAAGUAAUAAUAAUCUCAUGCCUAUAAGGUAUUCUUAUUCAGAUAUAAAGAAGAUGACUAAGGGUUUUGAGGACAAACUGGGCGAAGGAGGUUAUGGUUCUGUUUUCAAAGGAAAGCUACGUAGUGGUCGUUUUGUAGCAAUCAAGAUGUUAGGCAAGUCAAAUGCAAAUGGUCAAGAUUUUAUAAAUGAGGUUGCCACUAUUGGAAGGAUUCACCAUGCAAAUGUGGUGCAACUUAUUGGCUUUUGUGUUGAGGGAUCAAGACGUGCUUUAGUGUAUGAGUUCAUGCCAAAUGGUUCUCUAGACAAAUUCGUACUUUCCAGAGAAGGAAGUGUCUUCUUGAGCUAUGGGCAAAUGUUUAAAAUUUCCCUUGGAGCGGCUCGUGGGAUUGGAUAUUUACAUCAAGGUUGUAACAUGCAAAUUCUGCAUUUUGACAUUAAGCCUCAUAAUAUUCUCCUUGAUGAGAACUUCACACCAAAGGUUUCAGACUUUGGUCUUGCAAAACUUUAUCCGAUAGACAAUAGCAUUGUGUCUUUGACAGCAAUAAGGGGAACAAUCGGAUAUAUGGCUCCCGAGUUGCUUUACAAAAACAUUGGAGGUGUCUCCUAUAAAGCUGAUGUGUAUAGUUUUGGAAUGUUGUUGUUGGAAAGCAUGGGAAAAAGGAAGAAUUGCAAUGCACCUGCAGAGCUUUCAAGCGAAAUGUACUUCCCUGAUUGGGUUUACGACCAAGUUAGCAAAGAAAACGACAUAGAAUUGGAAAUUUCCAUGGAGAAAGAAAGGAAAUUAGAAAAGAAGAUGAUCAUAGUUGCUUUGUGGUGUAUACAAAUGAGGCCUAGUGAUCGUCCCUCAAUGAGCGGAGUCAUAGAGAUGCUUGAAGGAGAAGUUGAAAGCCUGCAAUUGCCUCCAAAACCUUUCCUUUUUCCACAAGAUACGGAAGCAGAGGAUUUCAGAGACACUACAAAUUCAGCAUGGUCAUCAGUACUAUCUGGUAAUCCUUUAGAGUCUAAUCCGCUUUUGAGUCUUGACAAAAAUAAAGUAAAUUAGUUUGUUCAGAGGGACAACUGUAUCAGUACUCGGUUCAUUAUAUUUAAACUGCACUAAACUUUUAUUAUAAAUCAUCUUUCACCUAUACAUUCAAUUUUCCAUUCAAACUAUGUUUAUGUAUUACAGAAAUACAGACUUAUUCUAAUUGCCUAAUUCUUCA